CAGGAGCCGCAUAGUACAGCAAAUUUUCCCCAUGGAAGCUUUUGUUCUAGCUUCAGUGUAGCAGGUUCUCUACAGUUAUGGGUUAUUACGUAUCGAUCUGUAUAAAUAGCUGGAGCAUCAGCAAGUUCCAAGCAGAGCCGUUCAAGUUAAGCAACAAACCAUGAUCGCAGUGCGCUACCUUCGUUUUGUGUUGAUCAUUGGAAUGCUGCUUACAAUCCCUGUUAACGCUGGAGAAAUACUCAACCGACUGAUCGCGGUUUGCACCCAAGGCCAAAACUCAUCGGCGGAGCUGGUGGAACGGUACAAAAAUGGUGACUUCCCGGAUGACCACAACACCCAUUGCAUGAUGCGCUGUGUAGCGCUGAACUUCGGCGUCUACGAUGAUCUGAAUGGAAUCCACAUGCACGAUACGUGGCUGAUGUUCCGUGCCGGUCGUUCAGCAGCUCAGGAGAAAUCGUUCGCCGAUCAACACCACAAGUGCAUUGCCCAGCAAACGAAAGCCUUUCCGUCCGACGACUAUUGUGGCCGGGUCUUUGCCAUCUACCAGUGCUACAAGGAGGAGUUCCAGACCAUGUUGAAGAAUAUCCGGAAGGGAGCCGCAAAAGCAGCGCGACAUUAAUUGUCUGUUUCUAAGUAAAUGACCAAAUGAGUACAACGAGUGUGUGGAAUCACUUUCCCCUCCGAAUCCCAUUGUGUUAAAUGGCUUGAAAACCCCAUUCGACACGGAUUGGACGCCAUUGUUUCGCACGAUUAGCAUACACCAAUCAAUUUCUAGUCAUCGCAAACCCAAGAAAAAAAGAAACAUGGAACGCUUAUCCCGUCAUGCAUUUUACCAUUAUCUUGGUUUUCGCCACAUUUAGCUAUCUCCAGCAGCAGCGCUUCGUCGUCGGCCGAUUGUAAAGCAAUGAGCCAUGGUAAUUCAUCUUUUGACUGCGGCAGAUGGUGAAAACAAAAAAAAAAACUUGUUCUCUAUGCUGCUUCCAGUUGUUUACUCGAAAAAAUAAAGCGGUUAAGUGGUGCAUGCCUCUGACUGGUUAGCGAUCUGAAUCGAUUCAUUUCACACCUGCGAAAAGCGAUGCGAGGCACACCACGCCCACCCAAGUGCUCGGAAAACGACGAAGGGAAAAUACUGAAACGAUAUUGUGCAGAGGAAGAAAGUGUUUUUUACCUUCCUCGAUGUUAAUAUUGUUCAGGCGGAA